GAUCUUCAGUUCCUCAGAGAAGUGAAAACAGCAACAAGGAAUCCAGUAAUUCCUGUUAUCUGCAGACUUAACAAGUCAGCUAAACAAGUCAGCCGAGCCUGAGGCGGUGGCCAGGAGCCUGCUCUCCAGACACUGCUGUUCUCUCUUCAAGCCCUGAAGCCAGGAGAGCCCGGGAUGUCUCUGCUGCUGGCCUCCCUGCUGCUUCUCCUCUCCACCCACAGCGCCCUGGCCCUGAGGAUCUGCUCCUUUAAUGUGAGGUCCUUUGGGAAAUCCAAGAAGGCAAACUGUAAUGCCAUGGAUGUCAUUGUGAAGGUCAUCAAACGCUGUGACAUCAUACUCCUGAUGGAAAUCAAAGACAGCAACAACAUAAUUUGUCCCACACUGAUGGAGAGACUGAACGGAAAUUCAAGAAGAGGCAAAACAUAUAACUAUGUGAUUAGCUCUCGUCUUGGAAGAAACACAUACAAAGAACAGUAUGCCUUUCUCUACAAGGAAAAGCUAGUGUCUGUGAAAGCAAGCUACCUUUACCAUGACUAUCAGGCUGGCGAUGCAGAUGUAUUUUCCAGGGAACCCUUUGUGGUCUGGUUCCAGUCACCCCACACCGCUGUCAAGGACUUCGUGAUCGUUCCCCUGCACACCACCCCUGAGACAUCCGUUAAAGAGAUUGAUGAGCUGGCUGAUGUCUAUACGGAUGUGAAACGUCACUGGAAGGCGGAGAAUUUUAUUUUCAUGGGUGACUUCAAUGCCGGCUGCAGCUACGUCCCCAAGAAGGCCUGGAAGAACAUCCGCCUGAGGACUGACCCCAAGUUCAUUUGGCUGAUCGGGGACCAAGAGGAUACCACGAUCAAGAAGAGCACACACUGUGCCUAUGACAGGAUCGUGCUUAGAGGACAAGAGAUUGCCACCUCUGUUGUUCCUCAAUCAAACAGCAUCUUUGACUUCCAGAAAGCUUACAGUUUGACUGAAGAGAAGGCCCUGGAUGUCAGCGACCACUUUCCAGUUGAAUUUAAACUUCAGUCUUCAAGGGCCUUCACCAACAGCAAAGAAUCUGUCUCUCCAAAGAAGAAAAAAAAGACCAGACGCGCCUAGAUACAAGGGUGCCAUUUUAUUCACCAUUUCUUGCCUCUACAUAAA